CCGUAUAAGAGGCGAAAGGCAGUGGACUCGGUGAUGUGAAGAACCCAAACCGCGAAAUUGCACCUCUCUCCCGCCGCUGCAAAUGGAGGUGUUUGCUUCUUCUUCUUCUUCAUCAUCAUCUUCUUCGUCGGAUUCAGACGGGUCGGAUCACGUUAGCCUAGACGAAGCCUAUAGGAGGCUUCCCCUUCUCUAUUUUUCUCUAAUGCUGAUUUGGUUUCUUUCCGUUUGUUCUUGGACCUUCAACACCUGCAAAACUCGUCAUUUUCAGACGAAUAAAUUGCAGUGGACUCUAACAUCUGUUCCACUAAUCAAAGCUUUACAACUUAUGCUAUGCUUCCUCUUCUGGUCUUCAUGCUUUUAUGAUCAUGUAUGCUCGUUAUGGAUAUCGUUUGGGGUAUAUUUGACUGGCGUCCUUUUUCAGACUGUUACUUUCGUUGCGUUCUUGCUUAUUUCUCACGGAUACUGCAUCACCUGUGAGAGUCUUUCAGUAUCUGAGCGGCGAACCACUGCUGCUCUUGGCUGUGUCUUCUACUUGACCCUUAUUGGUUACAGAGCUUCUAUACCUUAUUUCUCUAUAUUCCUCACACUCAGUUAUUCCAUACUGUUCUAUGUAAUAUUCAAUCAUAUAUCUCAGAACUUGUUGGUGUUGCGAGAGCAAUUGGCCUUUAUUGAGAACGAGGAUGUCCCUGGUAUGCACGAUGCAAUCUACACGAAAUAUACCAUGCUCAAGAAAUUUCAAGGGGCAAUGCAGAUUGUGGCUGUGGCAGAACUUGCGAUUUUCAUAAACAUGGACAAUUCAGUAGACUCCUACUGGCUCCGGCUGUUGAUUCGAGAAUGGGCACACUUCUGUAUACUUUCUUACAUUGGGUGGACUUUCAGGUCAAAAGACUUGGCACCACGUUUCUCUGUUAUGCCUCCUGUAAGACUUAAAGGCGAUAGAACGUUGCCUCCCAUCUAUAGCAUUGAAAUGGAUGCAGCUACAUUUAGAGACUUCAGCAGACACGAGUGGCACAUUGGCGUGCCAACUUCUUCCAACAAGGACAGCUUGACAGAUUCAGUUUUAGUCGUAAUUCAGCACCCCCAUGUAUAUAGGCAAACUUCCGCCCUUUCCAAUUCACACAGUCCUGCACUUAGCUGUUGAACUAUAUUACGGGCUCAUAUCCUGGCAAAUACGAUACAAGAAAAUUGCAGGUUGAGAUGCUGAUCCAUCAGUAGCUGCAAAGAGUCAUCCCUGAACUAUAAAAUGUACCCAAAUUUUGGCUUCCUUAAUUUCAUGUAAAUAUUUACAAAAUUUGCAGAUAGCCAAGGCAAUAGCUGCAAGUAAGCAUAGUCUGAAAGACAAUUGUGAUUUCUGGUCUGCACCCAGUUUUUCAUGUAAAUGGAUAAUCAUAAUGAUAACUGUUGAUUUUCCUAGGAUUUGAUAUCUAAUCUAAUCUGCAGUGUUUUUUUUUCU